AUGUCGUACGGUUCUGAUCACAUGCAUGCCUCUGGCUAUGGACAUCGUUCUCAAAUCGCGAGACCUGCAAUUGACCGGAAUUUGAGAAGCAAGGCAUCGGUCUCUGAUGCCGAAGAUCCCCCGGCCAAAAGAUCAAGCCGUGCCCAUCGGCUGUCCAUGCUUCCGCGUCCCAAUAUCGGUACUACGGCAUCCCCAACUACCCCGGUGUCUGCCUCGUCCCAGAAUUCCACCCAACGGUCGUUCUCAUCGGUGUCGACCCCAGAGGCAAACCCCUCGCUGUUUGUUACUGGACAACAAUUGCCCCCGAAACGAGUUCGGAAUGUUUUACGAAGAAGAGCGCCCACAAUAGGACAGCAUGUGGAGCAGUCUCAGUCCAACAAGCUCAGCCUUGUAAUCCCGCAGGGCUCUCAGGAUAUCAACAUGACCAAUGCGUCCACAUACAAUCAAUCUGCCUCCUCACUAUCGGCACAAUCUGCUAGUCCAUUCAACCCGAGCCAUAAGAAUGAUAGCAAUGUGACAUUAAAUUCGGCGAGUUCCAAGUUCAAUGGCCCGAAGGAGCUGGCAAGUCUUCGGACUACAGUCGAUACUCAGAACUUGCCACCCCCUCCCACGCCCUUCUUUUCGGCAAGUAGUCCCUCAACAAGAUACUCGGUGUCACCGAGUAUCUGGAGUCGAGGGUCUACACCAACAUCAUUAUCUUCCUACUCUCCAGGUAUCGUUCAUUCUACGAAAAUCGGUCGGCUGCGACAACCGAGUCCGUCUCAAACAAGAUUGCCCGUCUUUUCUCCACCGGUCCACCCGAGCCCUCAACAGGAUAUACCAGAUGUGAAAGAGGAAAUCCGAGCAGCUUCCAAACAUCCCGAGCAGAUACCAGGACGCAAAAAUGAGCGCGGUAUCCAAACGACAAAUAUUUCGUCUGCCAACAUCGCAGGUCCCCGUCAAGAUCCUCCAAGGAAACUCUCCGUCGGUUUCAACCAUACAGAAACCGCUGAGAUCGACACUGAGAAGGCUCGCAAAGAAGUCGAAGAAGCUGAGAGGCGUUUGUUUGGUUCACAUGGGGCAACACACUCUUCCCCCGCACGCACAGCCGAGCCACCGCAGACUCCACCUCGACCAAGCAGAGAUGGAACACAUAGGCUGGAACUGGAAACAUCUCCAGUGGUCCAAAGUAAUCUACGAUACAUCAGAUCGACGGGCCAUACGAGACGCGAGUCAAUAGAGAAGGUUCUUGCGAGCCAGCGACCAACCCCUACUCCCAAUCAAGCUGCAGCUGCAUCAAACGACUCGCUACAUUCGAGAGGGCUAUCACAAAUACCUUCCCGUGAUGGUGGAUCUCCAGUCUUAUCACGAAAAUCACCUCGAACAUUGACAAAAGAGGCACCAAAGGAGAAUGUGGAACCGAAAAUCCCAGUGCCUAAACGAUUCGGUCUCUUCCCGAAAAAGUCUAAACCAGAUAUGACGGAGAGCACAGCUGAAAAUCCCCGUCUACCCCGUAAAGGACCUACGGCAGGAACAGGACAUGAAGGAUAUGGCAAGUAUGGACAAAGAGGUCGCAAGGCAAGUGGGAGCAGCAGCAGUGGCACAAGAACCAGAUCAACUAGCACAGCUCGAAGUGCCACCAGCAAAGGGAGUCAAUCUAGUCGUCCGGAAUUGGAAAUCGAUGAUUUCUUGAUGAGUCGCCUCGAACCCGUUAUUAUCAACGGUGGCGGAGUGGAUGGUGCAUCAUUAUCGCGAACACAAAGCGAGCAGAGUAUGAGCAGUGUGAGCGUUGCAUCUGUUUCUACCCUACCCCGCCAGGCGCAAUUCUCAUACUCGACUGGACCAUCUACCGAUUCUCUCGCAACAUCAACCGAAACAUCAGGCGAGACUCUCACGCUGGAUGGAUUCAAUGAAGCAGCGCGAAGCCGGAGCCCCGAACGCCAAGUCAAGUCUGGAGGUCGUCCUCAAACCAAGUCGCGCAUGCCGGUGCCCAAAGGAAAGAAGCCUGGCAUUUUGACGAAUCCUCAAGCUUCUGCAACGAGCACCUCUUUGUCAAGUCAGCAGUCAAGUAUCGCGGCGCCGAGUCAGCAAACUCGUAUCGCCCAACAAUCUCCAAACAAGCAAACGAAGGUCCAACCGACUGAGCCCCAGCAAGCCAAGAAAGGAAAGGGAUCCAUGUGGAGUUUCUUCCACAAAAGUCGCGGCAAUGAGCAAAAGACGACGCCUCUGGAGACAGCACCUCCAAGUACCAAGCUUCAUGCCGCCAUAACCCCAGUACUGAACAACCGACCAGUUGCCCACUACGCCUUGGUAGAUACUGAUUCAGAUGAGCUGGAUGAUAUCAUCCAGAACAUCGAAGACUCGCCACCUACUGAAGAGGAAGAAGCAUCCAGACCGGUAGAAGUUCCGCGAGGCUUGAACAUCAGAAAGAGAGAGCCCUCUAUUCUGCUGCCCUCUCCGCCGAAGAUGCACGCCGAAUUCGAGAGGGACAAUACUCCGUCACCACGGACAGCGAUGUUUAACCGCAACUUGAUGCCUAAAGAGCUUGAGCCAUCACCAGAGCGGAAACCAAGACGGUUGGCCUCCAUUGGCCGUAUCCCCCAGGUAGUUUCGAGGCGCGAUAGACAUCACCGGCCGGCCAUGCAAUCUUUCUCAAGGCCAUUUAGCGGCAUUGAGUCCCCGUCUCUCACGAUUCCAACCACAGAGUCUACUCGAGAGGCCCCGCUGAUGGCUAACACCCCUUUGAAUGUGCAAAUGCCAUUCGAUCUGGGAUUCGCGCCCAAUGAGUCUCCCGAGUGGGGUCGCGGUUUCAACCCGACUUUCAGCGCCGCAGAAGACACCAGUGCUUUGGAAUUCCUUGCUGGUCCAUUUUCAACUUACGAGUUUCUUCAAUUCCCUCCGAAGAAAGACUCCACCUCGUCAGAGAGCUCUGGGGCGCUGGCUGCAGUUACAGCAGUUGCACCAGUUCCCGGAUCCCCGCCCACUGAAGACGAGGUGUGGAAUGAGUUUGAUGAUUUAAUUGACCACGUUCUGUCGCCAGACAAAUCGACGCCUAAGCCGGAAGAAGUUGAAAAGACUGAUGAAGGGGGCAGGUUUGAGCUCGCUACUAUGGCAAGCAGAGCGCUUCAGGACGAGUUGAAUAGUGCUCACAAUAAUAAGCCUGUGCCUGAUCGCGCAUCGGUUCGAUCAAGUGCUAGCUCUGUUCACCUCCGACGGUCACGAAUUGUGUCGGCUCUGCAGUCGUCUACGGCCCCUUCCUCUCAGCCUUCAUAUAGCGACCUUGCCACGCCGUAUGGUGACCUUAAAGAAGAGAAGGAUGACCUUACUGAAACCAUUGAGCCGUCCUCGACUACCGACCAGCGCCGUGAAAACCAGUCUAACUUCCUUAACUCCCUCGCUGCCGUCCCGUCUCCCAGGCCCAAAUUUCCUCGCGAACAAGAGACCGGAUCACCUGAACAUGAGUGGGACGUGGUAACUAAAACCAAUAUGCGCUCUGCUUCACUCAUGACCAGCCGCUGGUUGUCUUUCGGUCGAGUCCUUUUUAGCCCGGCACACAACCACGUCAAAGCUGGAGCGCAGGGACGAAUCCUUGUGAUUGAUGGAUUGGGUAACGAUGACUGGUCAUUUGAUUGCUCCCUCGCAUACCCCGAUGCAGAGGUGUAUUGCCUCUCUGGACGCCCAGGCUCAACCUUAGUUCCUCACCCUGCGGCAUGGCAGCCUCCUACGAAUCACCAUACCGUAUACCACGGUGGACUCGGGAAUCCACUUCCCUUCCCGAAGGACUAUUUCACCGUUGUGGUGCUACGCUUCCCCACCGUAUGCUCCGAAGCCGUCCAAGGCAACAUUGUCCAAGAGUGCAAACGCGUUCUUCGCACAGGCGGCUAUCUGGAAAUGACGCUCCUCGACCGCGACAUGGUUAACAUGGGACCGCAAACCCGCAAAGCAGUCCGUCAACUGAAAGAAACCACCUGUCUAUCCGACUCGACCCUCUGCCUCAAAUCCACCAGCGACUGCAUCCAACGCGAAAUCGGCGCCCAGGGCUUCGACAGUCUCCGCCGCUGCAUAGUUCGCAUCCCAGUUGCAGGAGUGGUUCUCCGAUCCUCCGACUCAUCUUCAUCCACCAACUCUUUCUCAACGACUGCCCAUCCUAACGCUUUCUCGCUGCCAACUAUUGCUAUCACUUCUGCAGACAGCCAGAACAGAGGACUGCCCUCCAAAUAUCCAGAUGGAAAUAUCUCCCUCGGGGACCUCCUCUCCGACCCAUCCCCGUCGCCAGCAAACGAUGAGUCCAUUGCUAAGAUAGUCGCUCGUGUCGGACGUUGGUGGUACUCAAAGUGCUACGAAGAUCCCAUUCUCUCAGCUCACUCCACCCCCAACAUGUGGAAUGACCGCAAGGUACUCCGCGAGUGCCAGAAGCGCGGAACUGGAUUCCGCAUGUUCAUUGCAUACGCUCAGAAACCGAGCGAGGUUCCCCGGCGCACUGCGAGCGUGUAA